CGGGGAGACGGGAAGGCGGGAAGGCGGGGCUGGGGGCAGUUCUCUCCGCGCCGCUAAGGUGAGAUAAAUGGACUAUAAGAAAAUUGUGGAUGAAGUUUCAGAAAAAAUUUUAUCAUACAGUCAAGAUACUUCAGGAUGGAGAGUGAUAAAAGUUUCAAAAAAUGUUACGGUUUCUUCAAAGCCUUCAAAAGAGUAUGCAGGAAAUAUAUACCGUGGAGAAGGCAUAAUUAAGGAAGUCCCUAGUAAAAUUAUUCCUUUUAUGUAUCUUCCUGAAUAUCGAAACAAAUGGGACAAAGCGUUACAAUCUUACAAGCUGUUAGAAAGGAUUGACCAGGACACUGGUAUAUACCACAGUGUAACGCACAGUUAUGGUAUGGGACUGAUUUCAUCCAGAGAUUUUGUUGACCUGCUGCAUGUUAAACCAUACCCUGGCGAUAUCCUUACAACUAACUCUAUUAGCGUGGAGUAUUCCAGCUGCCCUCCAACUCCCUCUUGUGUCCGCGGCUAUAACAAUCCCUGUGGAUAUGUGUGUUCACCUUUGCCUGAGAAUCCAGAGCACUCUAAGCUAGUUGUAUUUAUUCAGCCAGAAUUAGGAGGAAUGCUUCCCAGUUCUGUAGUGGAGACAGCAUUACCUACUACUCUCAUAAACUUAAUCACUGAAACCAGAGCCGGACUGAAAGGCUUGAAAGACCAUAAUUAAACGUAAGUGGAAAAUAAUAAGCACUUAAGUCAUGCAUCUUUUACUUGGAUUCAUUUUUAAAGUAGAGGAUGAAGUUUAUCUUAAUUGUGGUUUAUGUGGAAAUGUAUGAAGCUUAACCUAACUGUUGAAAUGGUGAAUGCCGGUUUUCUCCGUUCUUUGGAAUGAUGCAAGAAUCUACACUGAAGUGCCAUCAAAAUAUGGGAUGUCGCUUUCAAUGUAAUCAGGUGAUGUUUUGUAAUACUUUUGCACUUUAUAUGGAGAGUAAAAAUAUAUAUAUAUAUAUACACACACACACGAGAAUCUGGUGAUACAACUUAUAGCAAUGUUAAAACACAGUAGUCAAAAUAUUUUGCCAUAGCUUUAAACAAACUUUGAUAAAUUCUUACCUCAAUUAUGUACUCGUCACUGAAACAAGCAAACAUCUUGUGUACUAGAGAUUUUAAACAUUUAUUACUAUAAGUGUGGAAGUGUAAUUAGCAACUAUUUCACUGUUUUGGAAUUAAGUAUUUGAAGAAAAGCCUGAUUAAUUUGUAU